AUGACAGGCAUCCCCACACUCGCCAAUCCAUCUCAUCCCCCCUUUACCCCGUCCCCAAACGCUGUCCAAGUCUUGCCAUUGGUCUCGGCAAUGGCUAAAACUCGUACACCUCCUAGCCUGCCUCCCGUCUGCGCAAGCAGUCGAAGACCCUUUCAUGUGCAGUGCAGUAGUAUUCCAGUGCCUAAGCACAUCGAGGCAGAGACAGCCAUACGCCUGCACACUAGCUAGAGGAAACCAGGUCCUCGCCAAUGCAGCACCAAGGCGAUCCCUAGGCGAGAAUGACGCGUGGCACCGAGACGUGCAUGCAAUAGUAGCCGAGCGAGACAACCUCAAGAGCACCGUCCGUCAACACGCCCACGAUCCCAAUCUCACAGAGGCAAUUACAAAAAGAAGAGAAUCUUGGUGA